ACUUCCAGCAUUUAUUGAGCUUAUGUGGGAACAAGAAAGCAAAAGUAACAGGGAGGGAAAAGAUAAAAACCGUAAAGAAAAAAAAAGAAAAGCGUAUUGGCAGCAGCCGUGGUCGGCGGAGAGCUCCGCGCCCCGCAGCCGCGGUCCGCGCCGGGCGCCCCUUCCCCAGCGGCCGGCGGCUCCUGCGCGGCACCAGCAGCAGCCCCGGCCAGCGCAGCCCUCCCGUGCCCCGCUCCCGCCGCGCUCCUCCCGUCCGGAGAGCAGCGCCGGUGCCCGCCCGCCAGCACGGAGUCCCUCUGCGCCGCGGCCGCAGGCGGGGUGCCCGGCCGUGCCGAGCGCCUCUUCCCGGCCGCAGCAGCGCCGACGGGAUGCCGGAGAGCCUAAGGCGAGGGUGGGCAGUGGAUCCCGGGGAGAAGAGCUAGGAAUGGCGAGUUUGGUGUUUCCUUUCCGCGCUCACCUUCUUUUUCCUCGGUGACCCGCGCUUGAACCUGCAUCGGGAGGCUGAGACGGACUGCUGCCGGCGGCUCCUUCCUCCACGGCCGGCAGAAAUACAAGCCGUGCCUUUCGAGGUGAACCAGGGGACAGCGGAGGCUCCUCCGCCGGUGCCCCGGCACAGCUGCGGCUCUGCUCAGGGGGUCUCCGGGCUGCCCCAGCACGGGGGACCGUCGCUCCGGCCGCCCCACGGUCCCGGCCCGGCGUCUCCCGGGUCCGGCCGCUACAUCGCCGUUCCCAGCCGGCAGCGGUGGCGGGCGGACGAAAGAGCUCCGCGGAGAGCAUCGGCGCCGGGCGGCAGCGCCGCGGGGUAGGUGACUCCGGACAGCCGGACCGCCGGGUGCCGGCGCGGGAAUUUCUGGGCGCAACCGCUGGUCUUGAACGAGCAUCGGCGACAAAUCCGAGGACGAGGAGGCGGUGGUGGCCACCGGCUGUCAGCUGCCGGCAGCGUCCCGCAGCCCACUCGCCGAGCGCGGUGCAGGGUCAGCGAGCCCGGAUCCGCUGCCGCCGCCCCCGACAGCACCUUUCCUUCCCCGGCAGCGGUCUGCGGCGGAGGCGGAAAUUCCUGCAGAUGAAACGCAGGAAAUACGGCUUCAUCUACAAGACUCACCUCUUCGGGCGGCCCACGGUACGGGUGAUGGGCGCCGAGAACGUGCGGCACAUCCUGCUGGGCGAGCACCGGCUCGUCUCCGUGCAGUGGCCCGCCUCGGUGCGGACCAUCCUGGGCUCGGGCUGCCUCUCCAACCUGCACAACGGGCAGCACAAGCACCGCAAAAAGGUGAUCAUGCGUGCCUUCUCCCGGGACGCCCUGCAGCACUACGUGCCCGUCAUCCAGGAGGAGGUGAGCGCCUGCCUGGCGCGGUGGCUGGGCGCCGCCGGGCCCUGCCUGCUCGUGUACCCCGAGGUGAAGCGCCUCAUGUUUCGCAUUGCCAUGAGAAUCCUGCUGGGCUUCCAGCCCCGCCAGGCCAGCCCCGACGGCGAGCAGCAGCUGGUCGAGGCCUUCGAGGAGAUGAUCCGUAACCUUUUCUCUCUGCCCAUCGAUGUGCCGUUCAGUGGGCUCUACCGGGGCUUGAGGGCACGCAACAUCAUCCACGCCAAGAUCGAGGAGAACAUCCGUGCCAAGAUGGCCCGCAAGGAGCCUGAGGGUGGCUACAAGGAUGCGCUGCAGCUGCUGAUGGAACACACACAGGGUAAUGGCGAGCAGCUCAACAUGCAGGAGCUGAAGGAGUCUGCCACAGAGCUGCUGUUUGGGGGCCAUGAAACCACUGCUAGUGCUGCCACGUCGCUGAUUGCCUUCUUAGGGCUCCACCAUGAAGUCCUGCAGAAAGUGAGGAAAGAGCUGCAGGUCAAGGGGUUACUGUGCAGUUCCAACCAAGAGAAGCAGCUGGAUAUGGAGGUCUUGGAGCAGCUGAAGUACACAGGCUGUGUCAUCAAAGAGACCCUCAGGCUGAGCCCGCCUGUUCCCGGAGGAUUUCGGAUUGCACUCAAGACCCUUGAGCUAAAUGGCUACCAAAUCCCUAAGGGUUGGAAUGUUAUUUACAGUAUCUGUGAUACACAUGAUGUGGCAGACCUUUUUACCAACAAGGAAGAAUUUAACCCAGAUCGCUUCAUGUCUCCAUCUCCAGAGGAUUCCUCUAGGUUCAGUUUCAUUCCUUUUGGUGGGGGCUUGAGGAGCUGCGUGGGCAAAGAGUUUGCAAAAGUCCUUCUAAAAAUAUUUACAGUGGAGUUGGCUCGGAGCUGUGACUGGCAGCUGCUGAAUGGACCUCCUACAAUGAAAACGGGCCCCAUAGUGUACCCUGUGGACAAUCUGCCUACCAAAUUCAUAGGUUUCAGUGGCCAAAUCUGAGAGCUCAACAUUCGCCUCCAAAUGGAUUUCUAUAUAGCAUUUAAUAUGUACAUAGUAACUUUUAUAGUAACAAAGGCCUUUAAAUAUUUAAAUCUUGUAAAUGUACAAUAGUUAUUUAUGUCUAAGUAUUUCAAGAGGCUAUGAUAUUUUUCCCCCCAAGCACUACAAUUAUGGGUCUCUGAUUCAUAAUUAGAUAAUGUUAUUUCUAUAGAAAUAAGUCUCCCCCUAUUUAAAAAUAUCAUUGAGAGCUGGCCAGCUAAGCAUUUGAAGACAUUUCAGGGUGGUGCAUGUGUAAGAAAUAUUGAAAAGCAUUCAAAACAAUGGUAACUAGCUACUCAUCCAAAUUACCUGAAAUGGUUAUUGUUUGAGAAUGUUUUCAGUAUUAUUUGUGUCUAGAUUGUAUGUUUAAUGUGUGAAUUUUAAGUCUGAUAAUAAAGUUUAUUUUUGAUGA